GGGAACCCAAAACCAAGCUACGUGGAGGUAGUAAAAGGCAUUGGAAGUAGAGGCGACGACUGGAUAGCCAAUAAAGGUAUCAAACCUGUCCAACACGGGAUCACAAACAACAGUGGCAAAACAGAACAAAAAUGGGUAGAGAAGCGAAGGUAAUUGCAUUGGACUGGACUUGAGUUCAACCCGAGGCAUGAAGACUGGGAAUGGCUUUAGGGAUGCUUUUUUGGAACAGCCGGAUCAGUAGGGAUUGUGCCCAUACUUCAAGAAAGACUAUACAUGGAGGGGCUUUUCUCAAUCAAGCUUCGAGCAAUGGGUGGGAAACUUGUCCUUAUGGACUAUGAUGAUAAAGAGGAAUUGAAAGAACUGGUUGAGUCAGCAAAAGAUUGGCUAGGGCAGUGGUUUGUCAACAUUAAGAGUUGGACCCCCCAUAUGGUUGCCACGGAGAGAUUUGUUUCGCUGAAGUGCUAUGGAGUUCCUUUUCAUGCAUGGGGUCCUGACUUCUUCAUCUCAAUUGCAAAUCUAUGGGGGAAUUUUAUUACCCUAGAUGAAAGCACUAGCUCUAAAAAGAGGUUUGAUGUUGCAAGGUUUUUGAUCUCCACAUCAGAAACAGGCUUAAUCUCUAAAACUCUUACAUACAAAAUUAACGGCCACAUGUACUGCAUAAAGUGCAAAGAGGAGGAAACAACAAAUGGGUGCUUCUCUUUAAAAGCAUAUUUCCAACCAAUCUCCCCAUCAAACUCUGAGGAAGAUUGCAGUGAAUCUUGGUCCUCCGACUAUCCGUCGGAAGACACUCAAAGAUUUGGCCAAAAUGGAGUCAUGCAUGGUGGUGACUCUAACCCGGCAUCUAGUGAAGACGACGAUGACGUGGCAGUGAAGGACAACCAGGCAGUGGGGAAGUCAACUAGGGUGAGGAUUUCGAAGGACCUUUCAUACUGGAACAGUGCAAAUAAUAAAUUCAACUGGCAAGAAAGGACGGCUAUUUGUUCCCAAGAAAGGCAAGAGGAGGGAUGUUCAGUAGACGUAGUUGGUGAUAGCCUGACACCGCCGAAGAAUUCAAAUGAUUUCAAAAAUUUGAAUGGGGAAGAUGGUAAGCAAGUGACCAGGGAAGGGCAAUGGAGACAGAAAGCUAGGAAACAAUGGUUGAGAGAAGGAGACGCAAAUUCCAAAUUCUACCACAAAUGUAUUAGCAGUAGACAACGCAGGAAAGAGAUUGUCAGUAUCCAGGUAAAUGGGAAGAAGUUAGAAGAUGUUGAUAAUAUCAAAAAUAGCAUAUCAGAUGAAGAUGAAAUCAAAACAGCAGUGUGGGAUUGUGGGAGUGACAAGGCUCCAGGACCUGAUGGUUUCAAUUUCACUUUCUUCAAGAAAAUGUGGAGUGAAAUAAAGGAUGAUAUAGUGGAAUUUGUCCAGGAAUUUCACAAGAAUGGGAAGUUAGUAAAAGGCUUGAAUGUUUCUUUCUUAACAUUGAUUCCAAAAGUGAAGAAUCCACAGAGAAUUGAGGAGUUUAGGCCUAUUUCACUCAUUGGCUCCCUGCAUCUAUGUGAAGGAUUUGUCACAGCAAAUGAAAUUAUUGAUGAAGCUAAGAGGAAAAAGAAGAAGAGCUUUGUUUUCAAAGUAGACUUCGAGAAGGCUUUCGACAAGGUGAAUUGGAACUUCCUUGAUUAUAUGAUGAUGAGACUUGGGUUUAAUGAAAUAUGGAGAAAAUGGAUCAUGGAGUGUCUUCAAACGAGUUUAUUGUCGGUGUUGGUCAACGGUAGCCCAUCUAAACAGUUUCUUGUCUCAAGGGGAUUAAAGCAAGGAGAUCCAUUGUCUCCCUUCCUAUUCCUGAUCGUUGCAGAAGGAUUGAACAAAAUAAUCAAUACUGCAAUUGAUAGAGGAUUGUAUGAAGGAAUAAAAGUGGGGAAUUCGGGCAUGCGAUGCUCUCACAUCCAAUUUGCAGAUGACACAAUCAUUUUUGGGGAAGCUUCAGAAAAAAACAUCCAGGUUGUGAAGUGCACUAUGAGAGCUUUUGAGCUUGCCUCAGGUAGAAUUACCUUCCUCAACUCUGUGCUCACAUCGCUCCCAGUCCUCUUCUUGUCCAUUUAUCUCACUCCCAAAGGUAUUGUCAAAACUCUUGAUAAAAUUAGGAAUAAAUUUCUAUGGGGUGGAUGUGAGGAGUCUAGGCAAGUGCAUUGGGUUAAUUGGAAAACAGUCUGUAUUAGUAAAAGGGAUGGGGGGCUUGGGGUUAAGGAUCUUAGACUUUUUAAUCAGGCAUUACUUGGAAAGUGGUGGGGUAGAUUGGCCAAGGGUUCUUCCAGGUUGCUUUUUAACCUGAUUAAAGAAAAAUAUGGGUAUGAGGGUGGAAAUUGGUGUAAUUGGGGCUUCCAAAUUAGGAUCGGUAAUGGAGAGAAAGUUAGUUUUUGGAAGGAUUCAUGGAGUAAUACUGGAGUGCUUGCUAAUGUUUUUCCGAGAUUAUAUAUGCUUUCUACAGGGAAAGACAACACAAUUGAUGAGAUGGGUAGAUGGGAAGACAACAAAUGGGUUUGGAACCUUCCUUGGAGACGCACCCCACACUCUUGGGAGCAAGAUUCCAUGCAAGAUUUCAACAAGCUUCUCAAGGAGACCAACCUGACCAUAGGGAAGGAAGACACUUGGACCUGGGAACGAGAUCAGUUGGGUGAUUACUCUACAAGCUCAAGAUACACUGCUUUGGUCCAACAUCAACCCUCACCAUACCGAAAAGUUUUUGAGAAGAUUUGGAACCCCCUUAUUCCUCACAAAGUCUAUGGAUUCACUUGGUUACUACUACUUGAUAGGAUUCCCUCAAAAUUCAACUUGUUGAAAAGGGGAUUAAUUAAGGAGAUGGAGGCUGUUAAGUGUAGCCUUUGUGGACGGAAUGUGGAAGAAAGCAACCAUCUUUUUCUCCACUGCUCAAUUACUGCAAAAAUCUGGUCAAUGUGCUUUGAAUGGUGGGGCUUCUCCACUGCCAUUGCUGGUUCAUGUUGGGAUUCUUUCAUCCAACAUGAAUCCUUAGCUACUAAAAGUAGUGAACGACUAGCUCGUAUUGACUUUGCACCUUAUGGUGGCCUUAACCCGCCCCACACUCAUCCUCGAGGAACUGAGAUUCUAGUAGUCCAGGAAGGCACACUAUACGUUGGCUUAGUCUCCUCCAACCAGGAUGGGAACCGUCUAUUUACUAAGGUCCUGAACAAGGGAGAUGUUUUUGUUUUCCCUAUUGGUUUGAUUCACUUCCAGCUCAAUAUAGGGAAAACUCCUGCUGUUGCUCUUUCAGCUUUUAGUACCCAGAAUCCGGGCACAAUUACAAUCGCCGAUGCCCUUUUUGGAUCCAAUCCAGCUAUUAAUCCUGAUGUUCUCACCAAGGCCUUCAGGUUAGAGCCGAAUGUUGUCAAGUACCUCCAGUCACGUUUUUGAAGCAAAAACAUUUAUCAUUGGAAGACUUGAACUAGCUAUGUUUUAUGUUUUAAUAGUUGAUUGUGUGGAUUGUCUUUGAGUGCUAUACCUCUAUUAAUUCUAUCAUUGUAUUCAAAUAAUACUCAUUACCAUGUAAUAAAGAGGUUGCUUAAUU